ACUAUUAUCAAUUAUGAGAAAUUGUGUAUGAAUGCCCAGUUGAAUAUCUCAGUUUCCCAUGAUGACUAAUAAUUAGUGUUCUCUCACUGACUGGUUCAUCAUGAGCUCAGAGCAUGUCAAGGAGUCUGAGGGCAACAGUGACGAUGAAAUAGCUGAGCUCCGCAUCCAGGCGCUGCUGACCAAGCGUCUCAAUGAGGCUGAAGUAUCCUUGUCACAUCAAGGCAUGGAGCAUAAGGCCCAGAUCGCCCAUGAUCAUCAUGCAGAGAUAUCUGCACAUGGCAGUGGAAGCAGUAUAGCUGUUUUGACGUCUUCCGGCCCUGAGAAUAUGAAUGUUCCUCAAAACUGGUCACCCCAUCAGCAUGGGUUUCGAAAUCACCCAGAAGGAAAUCCGAAUCACUUCAGUGGUGAGGGGAAUCGCAGUGCCCAUGUUCCCAGAGGAUAUAAUUCGCCUCAGUGGCGUGGAAGAAUGGCACCCGACAAUGACCGCUUCAAUACAAGUCAUCCCAUGGAGAAUAGAAUGGGGCAGACCUAUGGUGGGAUGCAGCAAAGCCGUGGGGAUCCUUCGAAUCGUAGAAAUUAUGCAGGUAAAUUUCCUGAUACCUCGACUUCGUCCCUGGCACUUCCUCAAGACAAGUAUGCUAAUAAAAAUAUCGCAUCAAAACAUACUGAAAAAAUGGAGACGAAUGUUAGUGCUCGUUGGCAACGACUCCAGAGUUCUGACUCUGAAAGUGAGAGUGAUUCAGACAGUUCUGAAUCUGGGUCAUCAUCCAGUGGUCAGUCUAGCUCUAGUAGCUCCAGUUCUGAUUCGGGUUCAAGCAGUGAAUCUUCUUCCGACAGUGAAGAUGAAAACCGUGGUAAGAACAAGAAAGGUCCAGAAAGCAAAUCCCAGAGUAAUAAAAACCAAAAAGAUUCAAAGCAAGACUUUGCCAAAGUCACGUCGGAUUCCGAUGGAUUUACUUCAUCCAUUAAGAAAGAACUGGAUCAGGAAAGUGAAAAACACUUCGUAUCGAACUCAAUUAACCCUCGCACUAUUGGCAAUUCCCUUGAAUUGAAUGAUCCAGCGGCAGCUGUGGCUCGAGGUGUCGCUUUGCCACAGCUUGCUAACGAAUCUGGCAGCAUUAGUGAACCAAUACGAUCGAUAGGUCAUCCACCCGCGCAUGAAUUCGAAAUCCCUUCAUCUACUCAAAGUCUUAGUGCUACUAACUCCUCUCUAAAUGUAAAACUUGAAUCUUCUAAUUCAUCUGUAAAUACACCAAUCAAGGGAGUCGUGCAACCGCCGUUGAUAAAUCCACAAGAAACGCCUUCCUGUCGAGGCUCUCCUCCUCAACCGCUACGAAGUUCGCCAAUGCGUCCUAAUUCCCGUUCACCGUACCGCCGAAAGUAUCUUUCUCCGUAUCGUCGAGAUUCUCGUUCGCCAUAUCGUCGAGAUUCCCGUUCGCCUUAUCGUCGAGAUUCCCGUUCGCCAUAUCGACGUGGUUCCCGUUCGCCUUAUCGUCGCCGCUCGCGUUCUCUUUAUCGUCGCAAUUCACGGUCACCUUAUCGACGUCGUUCUUCUUCACUCUCUCGUCGAGGCUCUCGUUCGCCUAUUCGUGGUCUUGACUCGCGAUUGCUGAUCAAACGUAAGUCGCUUUCUCCAGGUCCUCAUAGUCCGCAUUUACACCUUCCUCGUGGCUCUCGUUCUCCAAUUCGUCGUAGCUCACGCUCGCCUCUUCGUCGUGGCUCUCGAUCGCCUAUUCGCCGUGGCUCUCGCUCGCCCAUUCGUCGUGGCUCACGCUCGCCCAUUCGUCGUGGCUCACGCUCGCCCAUUCGACGUGGUUCACGAUCACCCAUUCGACGUGGCUCCCGUUCGCCCAUUCGACGUGGCUCCCGUUCGCCAAUUCGACGUGGCUCCCGUUCGCCAAUUCGUCCUGGUUCUCGUUCGCCCAUUCGCCGUAGCUCACGAUCGCCUAUGCGACGUGGCUCACGAUCUCCUAUUCCUUAUGGCUCGCGAUCUCCUAUUCGUCGUCAUUCACGUUCACCUCUUCAUCGUUGGUCACGAUCUCAUAUUCGGCAUGGCUCACGAUCACCCAUUCGUCGUGGCUCACAAUCGCCCAUUCGUCGUGGCCCAAGAUCGCCCAUUCGUCGAGGCUCACGAUCGCCUAUUCGUCGAGGUUCACGAUCGCCUAUUCGUCGUGGCUCACGAUCGCCUAUUCGUCGAAGCUCACGAUCGCCUAUUCGUCAAGGCUCACGAUCGCCUAUUCGUCGAGGCUCACAAUCACCUAUUCGUCGAGGCUUACGCUCACCUAUUCAACGUGGCUCUCGAUCUCCAAUUCUUCGUGGACCUCAAUCGGUUCUUAGGCGUUCUCAUUCAUCAUCCAAACCCGGCCCUCGUUCUCCUCCAGCUAAAGGUGCGAGUUCCAAUCAGAACUCGCUUUCCAAAUCGCCCCCCAAACAAGUUGUUUCUCUGUCAUCUUCCAAUCGGAAGUCUCGAUCUCCUGCCAGACGACGCUCAAAGUCGCCUCCUGAAUUAGCAUCUCGAUCUCAAAUCAGAAGAUGCUCUCGCUCUCAAUCACGAUCAAGAAAUGAUUCUCAUUCUGUUCCAGAAUCCAAAAAUUUGUGUAAGCCUGUCGCUCUUGACAGUCCAAUGCCACCAUCCAGGAGAAAUGGGUCUUCGACAUUUGAAGUCGACUCCAACCGUUGCACUGCAUCGUCGCCCGCGGGACGCGUUUCAAGAUCUCUUGUUCGCUCCUCACUUUCUCCAAAAAGGCGUGUCGGAAUGAAUUCGAAUUCGCCCUCCCGUCGUUUAAUUGAACAUCAUCACGCAACAUCGCCUCGGAGGUUAGGAAAUAGACCUCCAAUGCGAAGGUCGCAGUCGCCAAUGAAGAUGGAUAAAAAGAUUUCAUCUGAAAACCAACCACGUCCCUCGCAUAAAACGUGUAGGUCACCUUCAAGAGAGUUACACUAUCAUAAAAAUCUAGUCCCCUCUGACCCGAACUUGCAGAAACUUGGCAAGGCAUUUCCGCGAUAUUAUCGCAGUACUUCCAAAUCACCAGGACGAUACUCUCCUGUUCAGCGUUCUCCAGGAAGAACUGUUAGAUCAUCCCAAUCAACACUUCGACCUCCUCCAAGUGAGAGUUUGAGACCUCAUCCAGGUGAGACUAGUUUGAGGCAAUCUUUUGGACAAAAUGCUCGGGAUAUUCAAAGAUAUCCUCGAUCUCCAAUUAAUCGUCGCUCUUCGUCUCCAGCGUCCCGUGCAAGAAUGUCUCCGAACAGUAGGUCUGUGAAUCGAAGAAAAUCGUCAUCACCAGGAUCUAAAAGUUUCAUGCUCAAAUCUCGAUCACCAACGAACACUAAUUUUGGUCCGGGAUAUGGCCCUAUUUCUGAUAAUUUCAUGGGAAAUUCCCGUCCAUCUCGGCGAUCUUGGUCUCCCGAAAUUUCCGGUCAGCCUCAAUUCCAACGUCAUUUCUUGAAUGAACGUGUUCAACGCUAUCCGCCUGAUGGUAAUCUUGCAUCCCAUUUCCCUUUCGCACGUGGCCGAACGUCGCUAUCUCCACAGCGCAUGUCUGAACCGCAAUGUUAUGCAGACGUAACGCGAGAUACUUUUGUUCGUAGAGCUCCUUUCAAUUCUGAAUUUUCUUCAGAUUCUUACCGAGAACUUCGUCCGCCUCAUUUUGUUACCAAUCAGCAUAAUCGGAACAUCGAAAAUCGUGAAAUGAUCGCUCGUCCUGGCCAGCCAUCUGAUUUCAGGAACCCGCGCCAUAAUCUACAAGGUGAAAUGUUACGGUCUAACUGUUAUGAAGAUCAGUUUUCUAAUCGACAAAAUCCUCCCAGCAUUUGGCCCAAACCUGAAUUCGGCAAUUACGGUGCAGGUCGAGUAUUACAUGGAAAUAUUCGAGGCAUGAAUACUCCAUUUGAGCGUUUUGGUAGAGGUGGACGAGGAAUGCAGGGGAUAGGUAAUAAUCCAAUACCACCAUUAUUCCCUGGAAAAAUGGUGCCAGGGGAAUUCAAUAACCCCUAUGCGAGAGGUAAUGAUGUAGGUUUAUUGGGUGAUCUGCCCUCUUCUGUAGAGAACCGAAAUUUCUCCCGAAAUCCUUCUGCUGUGCGCGGAGUGGGUCACAGGGAACGUGCCAGAGAUGACCCGAGUAGCGUUCUUUCAAGUGCCAAUGAAACUCCCCUCGGUAGAAAGCGUCAAAACCCUUCGUCUCAAUUAGAUUCUCGGCGUGAAUCAGAAAUGCAUGCGACUGAACAGCGGGGCAUCCGCGACGGCGCACAAGAUGUAACUUUAGGUGGCCGUAAUAGUUCAUUUCUCAAUGCUCCUAAAUUUGAUCCAACCUUUCCUCUCAACAUGCAACGAGAUCGAGAUGGACAAGGUGAAAUCCCGAGGAAGAACCGCAAUUCACCGGACGGUGCGUGCCGAGGAUUGUUCGAUCAUACUAAAGGCUUGCAAAGACCCAGAGUCCACAACGAUGAUCGAGGCGGCAAUAGAACUAAUGAGCGGCCUGAAGCGCGGUUCACACGACGUGGUUCUCCUAAUCAUCCGGAUGGCAGAGGUCGUGGCCAAGAAAAGGCACUUCACUCCCGGCCCCCGCGAGGAGACGUCGAAAGACCAAAUAAGGAAAAACACGAUAACGAUCAGCGAACAAGAAGGGUAGAAACAAAACAACGGUUAAAUCGCGGUGAUGACAAAACUUCCGAUAGAGGUAACUUCCAUAACGAUGAUAGAGGACGACCAGAAUCUUCAAGUAAAAUCCAACGCAAUGAUAAGCGUCCCAUGAGCAGCAAGAGCAACUUAGAAGUUUCCGGUGACAACCGUUCCAACGAAUCUCGUAGACCGGUUGCUUAUGAACAGUUAUCUACUCCUACGUUGCCCAAUAGUCGCCGUCUUUCACAAUCGGAUAGAGCUGAAGAACAUAUUCUCGACAGUUUUGAGAAAGCUCAAAGACCAGAUAGUGAGGUUACAAAAGGGUCUCAAGAUCUGCUGGAAAAGGGGCCAGAAAAUCCUGUCGAAAGCGAACGUGCAACAGAUGGAGAAACAAUGAAAAACAUUAACGCUACAGAUUCUGCUUCAAUUGCAGAUGUUGCACCCAUCGAGCUAGUUCCUGCCGCCGUGAGCAAAGUAAAAAAUGAAAAGAAAGGCCCUACCACUCCAUGUGGGUCUCCUUCUGGUGUGCCAGAUAAGACCACCCCUAGUUUUUCUCCUUCCGAAAUGCAUACUUUGAGAGUGGAUAAUAGCUUGAAAAAUAAGGAAUCUGCCGAUGAAAGUACUGAUGUUCAUGAUAUUGGAAUUGAAAUGCACGUUCCUUUGGACGAAGAGCAUGCAUUUGGCCCUAACUCUGAAUUGGACUUCGUGUCUCCAGAAAAUCCCAAAGUCAAUACGGUCAAAGAGUGUAUUGAUCAGGGGCUACUGGCUAAAGCUCGUGAUAGAGCUUCAGGAAGCGAGAUCAAACACAGUAAUUCACUGACAAAGAAAGAAGAAUCGAAUGAAUAUGAACAAAAUCGGGAUCGUGAACGUGGUCGACGCGUUCAUGGCGAUAAACGGGAGGUUAACGAGAGUGUUCAAACCGGCUCUGGUAGAGCGGGUGCACACGAAUACAUUCAGAAAAAUUCAGCUCGUGAUUCUAGUAGGUCGGACAGCCAUGGUGCUAGCGAUGGUCGCUACAGGAACGAUUACAGUAGGAAUGACCGUCAUCCAGCAAACGUCCAUGAUCGAUUGGUGAAACUCGGAAGAGACAGAGUAUCUGUGCAGGAUGACCCAAGAUUCGAAAGCCGCCGCUUGAAGACCGAGUCUAGAUUUGAACCCCAAUCCAGACCAAUUAAUGAUCGUUAUAGCAAAAAACCAACUGACAUCAAUAGAAGGGAUCACGAUCGCGAACAUCGCAAAAAUUUUGGUCGAGAUUACAGAAUUGACAAGCGGAGAGAUCAACCAGAGAUGGAAUCCAAGUCGGAUAAUUUGGAGCGUGGACGGGGUUCGAAUUUGCAUCGUAAAGGAAACGACCGGCGGAUGGAUCAAAACCAAAAUGAAAGUUCAAGUCGAGAUUCCAGGCCACGUGAAGAUAGGUUAAAGCGAGAUGCAUCGCGCGAGAGUAAAAGGGAAGAUAUGAAGUCCGGUGACCGUAGAACUGAUGAAACUCUUCGCACGAAAAUGGAAUCUCGUUUGGUGAGACGAUCUCAAGACAGGAGUGAUAGUGCGAAUAAGCGCACGGAACAGCAGAGCAGAUCGCAUAGUAGGAAUGAAGAGCGAAGUGACCGCGAAGGACAAACCAAGAAACGCAAGGAACGUUCUGGUAAAACUAGAGAGGACGAUUUAUCAUCCAUAGCCGAUAAAUCGGACCGAAAUAAGAAGUCGGAAAGAGAAAGUUCAGCUGUUGACGCUGAGAAGAAACGCUCAAAGAAAAGAAAACGGGAGGAAGAUAAGAUAGAAGAUGGCAGUAAAGUUAUCAAAAAACAUAAGAAAAAGAAGCGAGCUAUUGAAGUCGAGAAUGAGCCCAAUUCCAAGAGAAAGUCUGUAGCAGCUUCCAGAAAGAAAAAUAAAAAAGAAGUGGUAGAAGGAGAAGAGGAAACUAAACCUGAGAAAAGGACGAAGUCUCCAAAGAAGAAAAAGAAGAAAGACAAGAAGAAGAAGAAAGCGAAGAAGAGCAAGAAGCCAGCCCGCACGUCUGAUGAGGAAGGCUCCCAGGAAGAAGAUUACGCCCCUAAACGCAAGCAAGACCGACAUUCGGAGUCUUCCAGUGAAGAUUUACGCUACACGCUUAAGCGCAAGAUCGCAGAUGAUGCUGACAGCAGCUUCGACACGAGUCCUCACAAUGCACGCAAGUCAAGAAAACCUCUGCAUGGCGCUGACAACCGUGACGUUGGUGUUGAAAAAGACGGUCGUCCUCAAGUUCCUACACGAACGAUCUUCGUUCUCAAGAAUGACCUUGCCGAACCUCCUGCUUCUACAUCUCGCCAUGGUGAUAGCGCACUCGAUACUUCAGACGAGCGGCCGUCCAGUAGGAACAGAGUGAACGAAAAACACCACCGAAAAUACGGACGGAACAGAGACGUAAAGGAAUCGGGAAAGCAAAUCCUAGAAGUCGGAGGAAGACGGAGUCGCGAUGGCGGCUGGGCCAGCAACCGCGAGAAGCCAGUCUCCGUCGACGCUGAACCGAAGAGCAAGCACCUUGGAAAUGAUCUUCAUGACCCGGCUGGCGAUAGAGUGCCUGUGCACCUGAGGCUGGGUCCCGUAUCUUCCCCGGUCGGAGGAGGUCGGCGGGUCCUGAAGAAUACCAGCGGCAAGAGAGGCGGCAACGCCGCACGUUUCCGGAAGCUCUGAAAUACAAAGCUUCCUCGCAAGCGUGGAAAAACUCGGAUUUCUUCGCUUGCUCUAUCUGCUGCGGUCGCUGCAUAGGACACCCCGUGGGCCUGCCUCCUACACACUGACGUCGCAGCUGCUCCUGCCGCUGUCCUGUCACUCCUGGCUCAGCUCUCCCGCCAAGCCAUCCUAAGCAUCGAACUGACCGUCACGUGUCCACCACUUGCUGACUUUACAAUUAAGACAUGAUAACGACCAUAAAAUUCUAACAUUACAUUCUCAGCACAACAUAACGUCCACAUUGUAAUUCCUCAUUCAAAACAUGAUACGAAAACGUCCGCAACGUUCUGACAUUUGUCACAACACAACAUAACAUCCACAUCGUAAUCCCACAUUCACACCAUGAUACGAUAACGUCCACAGCAUUCUAACCUUACAUUGAAAACAUAAUAUAAUGAGGUGCACAACAAUAUAACAUUAAAUUCACAACACAGUAUAAUAACAUUCACAACAUCAUAAGCUCGUCCCUAUUAUCGACAUGAGCAGUGCCAGUGUUGACCGUCGGCAAGCUCCGUGAUGCUUCAGCCUCUACAGCAACGUUGUGUUGUAAAUUGUGAU